UAAUUAUACAAAUCGAUCCAUUUGUUUACGGAGGUCGUUUGCUAGUCCAUUGCGUUUUACCAGUAUUUUUAGAUUAAAUAGUAUUAUGCUUUAAAUCCUGUGUUUAUGUGACUUUAGAAGGAAAUAAAGCUGCAAUGCCGGGGACUGAAGACAAUACAACAGAACUCGGAGAAAUAGAAAAUGUUAGGGUUGUGGUCCGUGUUCGACCUUUAAAUGGAAAGGAGUUGGACGGGCACUGUAAGAAUAUAGUACGCGUGGAUACGAUAAAUAGUGAAAUAACAGUUGAAAAUCCUAAUGCUGCACAAGGAGAACCACCAAAAGUAUUUUCCUUUGACGCUGUCUUUGAUACUGAUUCGACUCAAGUUGAUAUUUACAAUGAAACUGCGAGACCUAUUGUGGAUAAAGUUCUUCAAGGGUACAAUGGAACUAUAUUUGCAUAUGGACAAACAGGCACUGGUAAAACAUAUACUAUGUCAGGUGCAAAGACAUCUCCACAACUUAGGGGAAUCAUUCCUAAUACCUUUGCACAUAUUUUUGGAUACAUAGCUAAGGCUCAUGACAACCAAAAAUUCCUUGUACGUGCAACAUAUUUAGAGAUUUAUAAUGAAGAAGUUAGAGACUUACUUGGUAAAGAUCAAAAUACUAGACUAGAAGUAAAGGAAAGACCCGAUAUUGGAGUAUUUGUAAAAGAUCUCAGUGGCUAUGUUGUCAAUAAUGCUGAUGAUUUAGAUCGAAUAAUGUCUCUUGGUAAUAAGAAUCGUGUUGUUGGAGCUACAGCAAUGAACGUAUCGAGUUCAAGGUCUCAUGUAAUAUUUACAAUCACAGUUGAAUCUAGUCAACUUGGAGAGGAUGGUGAACAACAUGUAAAAAUGGGGAAACUUCAUUUAGUUGAUUUAGCUGGUUCGGAAAGACAAAGCAAGACAAAAGCUUCUGGAGUUCGUUUAAGAGAAGCAACAAAAAUUAAUUUAUCACUUUCAACACUAGGUAACGUAAUAUCUGCAUUAGUUGACGGUCAGAGUUCACAUGUGCCUUACAGAAAUUCCAAACUCACGAGAUUGUUGCAAGAUUCUUUGGGUGGUAACUCAAAAACUUUAAUGUGUGCAAAUAUAAGUCCAGCAGAUAUAAACUAUGACGAAACUAUCAGUACACUUCGUUAUGCGAACCGCGCUAAGAAUAUUAAAAAUAGAGCGAGAAUUAAUGAAGAUCCAAAAGAUGCUUUACUUCGGCAGUUUCAAGUUGAAAUUGAACAAUUACGUAAACAAUUGGAAGAAAAUGGUGCUGAAAUAUCUGAAUCUGAAGACGAAUCUGAAGAUUCUGAAGAAACAGGGGAGACUAGACAUGAGAAGAAAGCACGACGUAGAAGAAGUCAAAUAUUAACAAUGGAAGAAUUAGAAGAUAGGGAUAUAGAUUCCAAUGAAAAAAUUGACAAAGCUGAAAGAGAAGAUAAAAGUCCCGAUGACAAAGAUGUUAUCGAAUUAAAAAGAACUCAGAGCGAGAAAGAAGCAUUACGAGAGAAAAUGCAGAAUCUACAAAAUAAGAUUUUAGUCGGAGGUGAAAAUUUGUUGGAAAAAGCAGAAGCUCAAGAACAGUUAUUGGCUGCAGCUGCAAUUGAACUUGAACAACGUAAAAGCAGAGAAGAACAGUUGAAAAAAGCUAUUGAAGCAAAGGAAGCUGAACGUAUUGAUAUAGAAGAGAAAUAUUCCUCCUUGCAAGAGGAAGCUGCAGGGAAAACUAAGAAAUUAAGUCGCGUACAUACAAUGUUAAUGUCUGUUAAAGCAGAGUUAUCUGAUUUACAGCAAGAACAUCAAAGAGAGAUGGAAGGUCUUUUGGAAGGAGUUAGAGGUAUUGGGCGAGAAUUACAACUUCAAGAGCUAAUAGUAAACAGUUACAUUCCUGUUGAAUAUCAGACAACGAUUGAAAGAUAUGUUCAUUGGAAUGAAGAUAUUGGGGAAUGGCAAUUAAAGUGUGUAGCAUAUACAGGUAACAAUAUGCGCAAAGCACAAAUCACGCCACCAUUAGGAACUAACAAGGAUCAAAUUCAACCUGAUAUGUCAAAUAUAUAUCUCUCUUACAAUAACGGAAUUGACAAUACUUUCGUGCAACCAAAAAAAAUACGAAGCCGAUCUGGAGUUCCAAGGCCAACUACAGCACAUAGACGUACACCACACUAAAACUAUGUUUAAUCUAUAAAAUGAUAAAAAUAUUUAUAUUUCACGAAAUAUUCAAUUCUAUGAUUUUUUAGAAUUUUUUUAAAGCAUUAUUCUAAUUUAUUUUUGUUUAUAUAAUAUAUACGAGAAAAUGAGUAUUUUCUGCAAUUAUACAUUUAUUUCUAUUCUGAAUUAGGUAUAUUCACACUGAUCUUAAAUACUGCAUAGAAACAAAGGGUAUAUACAGUAUAAUAGAACAAUAUCUAAUUAACAAGACCGGUUUAUUAAGAGCUACAAUUUCUGUGUUGUAUGAUCAUACAAUUUAAAACUACAUGUUCUACAAAGUACUUAAUUUCUGCUAAUUUACAUAAAUUGCAGAAGUUAGAAUUAAGUUUGAUAGAGUUAUUAUUAUUUCAACUCGGAUGAUUUUCUUAUAUUGUACACACCAUUAAUACUUAAAGAACAAUUAUAACAGUAAGAUUUUAUGUUUUAUGUAUUUAGAUACAUUUUUCUGCGAUGUCUAUGAAAUAUUAGAUGACGAAAUCUAAAUCAAUGAAUAUCAACUUCCACAGAAAUUACAUUUUCAUAUUUAAUAGCAUGCUAUAAAGUUACUAUUAAAUGGAGAAUUGAUAUAAAGAUUUUAGGGAGGAAAAAGUAUGUGCUGUACCUGUGUAAUAAAAAAUAAGAUCGUUUAGCUCGAUAUAGGAAAUUAGAGUUAAAUGUAACUGAAAACAAUAGGAACGCAGUCUUUAUCAAAAACUUAGCAAUCUUAUGUCUUUUUACAUUGUCAUUUAUGUAUUAUAAUUUGAUAAAGGUCAGAUUUUCUUUAGCUUAAUAAUAGUAUUACAAUAAGUAUUUCUAUAUAACGUUAAAUUUUGUCAUUAAAACAUUUUAUGAUAGUUAUUUAAAGAACUUAACAAAAAGUAACUUGGGUUUUGUUUAAAAUUUAACGUGUACCAAUGCUUGCUUAAUCAUUUAUAUCAAUAAACUUAUAGAGAAAGCAAAGCACAUCUCUAUGGCAGAAUAGGAUUUUAACUGCAUUUAAAUUAUUUUUUACUCUCUAUCAUCGAAAAUAUUUAAAAAUUUUGUCUGAGUUUUAACUUUUUAUUAUGAUAUUAAGUACUGUGAUAAUAAAAAUUCUUAUUAUUCUCAAUUCCUUACCAAUUACUUAAAGUAGUUAAGGAUACUAGAUGUAAUUAUUAUUGUGUGUAUAUUAUGCUUUUUUUUUAUUUAUAAUUUACGAAAUAAAAAUAAAUAAUUAUGUACUUAUAUAGUUUUCCGCA